GUUUCGAGAGUCUUCGGCGCGCUGAGUUCGCAAUUUGCAGACGGCCCCUCCUCGGACGACGGAGGCUGGCUUGCACGGCGCUGAUGGAGCGAAAAGGCAAGAUCUCCGCUACCCUCCGACUCGCGCAGGGGCCUUCAGGCACAGCUGCGGCUUCGCAGCAAGAAUAGGCUCCGAGGCUGAUACUUGGAACUUCGUUGGGACCAACCGAGAGAGAGAGAUUCACAAAGCCUUUCACUAACCAGGAUCCAAGCACCACCAUCCCACCCCACCCAUAUACUCCCAGCAACGUCACCGACUCUGUUUGGGAUCGUCUGGCUGUUCUUGUCAGUGGCUCAGGCUGACUGCACCACAAUGACAAAGGUUGAUCCUGGCAUCUGGAACGGAGUCUAAGUCGGGGAAUGACCCUUCUCAGUGUCAAACUCUCUAGGAGACCAUUGGCAUCAUAGAUGGGCAGUAUGUUUGUGGACGAGCCUUUGUUCAGAGACGGGGGCUCCGUCUCCCUGAACGACCCCGUGUUUCUGGAUGUCCUGGCCAACACCACAGAGCAAUGCUUCAGCGCCCGCGCCCGCAGCACAGUCCUGCAAGGGCUGCCGUUCGGUGGUGUGCCAACGGUGCUUGCCCUCAACUUCAUCCUCUGGUUGUUCCUUCUUCUGGUCUUCUCCUGCCUUCGGAAAGCAGCUUGGGACUAUGGACGCCUGGCUUUGCUGAUGGAUAAUGACAGCCUGACGUCACUCUUCUAUGGGGAGCAAAGCGAAAAGGAGAAAUCCCCGUCAGAGACCAGCCCACUUGAUGCAGACAACAAAGAUGUGGGCUUCUGCUCCUGGCUCCUUUCAAUCUACCAGAUGAAGGAUGAGGAAAUACAAAGCAAGUGCGGAAUAGAUGCCACCACCUACCUCUCCUUCCAGCGGCAUAUACUGGUGCUGCUUAUGAUCAUCUGUGUGCUCUCCGUCGCAGUCAUCCUGCCUGUCAACUUCUCCGGCGACCUCCUGGGAAAAAGUCCAUCUAAUUUUGGCCGAACUACAGUUGCAAAUGUCCCCAGAAACGAUCGUCUCUUGUGGCUGCACAGUAUCUUUGCCCUCCUCUAUUUCAUCAUCACCGUCCUCUGCAUGGCUCAUCACUCCAUCCAACUUGAAUACAAGGAGAAUGAGAAGGUGGCCCGGACGCUGAUGGUUACCAAGAUUCCCAAAGAGAUCACAGAUUCCUCCCUUGUCAUCAAACACUUUCAUGAGGCUUACCCAAGCUGCACAGUGACUGGCAUCCAGUUCUGCUCUGAUGUUCGCAAACUGAUGAAGCUGGAUUCAGAGAGGCGCAAGGCAAUGAAGGGGAGGCUUUACUUCACCACCAAGGCUCAAAAGGAAGGGAAAAUCAUGAUCAAGAUCCACCCCUGCUCCCGCAUCUUCUGUUGCCGUAUUUGUGGCUUUGAAGAGGUAGAUGCUGAGCAAUAUUACGGGGAGCUGGAGGAGAAACUGACGGAUGAGUUUAAUGCUGAGCGCAGCCGGAUUCCGCUCAAGCGCCUUGACAUGGCUUUCGUCACCUUCCAGGACGAAAGGAUGACAGCCACUAUUUUGAAGGAUUACAACCGCAUCCGCUGUCGCAAGCAUCCACAACAGUCAUCUGUUACCACAGUGGUGAAAUCCUAUUGCUGGGGGGUCCGCUAUGCCCCUGCCCCCAAUGACAUCAUCUGGGAGAAUUUAUCCGUCCGCGGUGCUUCGUGGUGGGUCCGAUUUAUCCUGCUGAACAUCUUCCUCUUCAUCCUCCUCUUCUUUCUUACCACACCCGCGAUCAUUGUCAACACCAUGGACAUGUUCAACGUGACGCGGCCCGUGGAGAGCCUCAAGAACCCGAUUGUCACCCAGUUCUUUCCCACGCUACUGCUCUGGGCCUUCUCUGUGUUCCUUCCUUUCAUCGUGUAUUACUCAGCUUUCUUCGAGUCACACUGGACAAGGUCAAAUGAAAAUCAGAUCACAAUGCACAAGUGUUACUUCUUCCUGGUAUUUAUGGUUAUCAUCUUGCCCUCGCUUGGACUGACCAGUUUGGAUCUCUUUUUUCGCUGGCUCUUUGACACCCAUUUUGUGGAUCAGGCAGACAUAAAGUUCCAGUGUGUUUUCCUCCCUGAUAAUGGAGCUUUCUUCGUCAACUAUGUCGUCACCUCCAGCCUGAUUGGGACAGCCAUGGAGUUGCUGCGCAUCCCUGGACUCAUUGUCUAUGCCACACGUCUCUGCUUUGCCAAAUCUGAACCAGAACGGCUCCACAUCAAACGGAGCCAAGCUUAUGAGUUCCAAUUUGGACUGGAGUAUGCCUGGACCUGCUGCAUAUUUGCUGUUGUCAUGACCUAUAGCAUCACCUGCCCCAUUAUUGUCCCCUUUGGUUUGCUGUAUAUACUGCUGAAGCACAUGGUUGACCGCUACAACAUCUACUACGUGUAUCUCCCCACCAAGCUAAACCAACGCAUCCAUUCAGCAGCUGUAAACCAGGUAGUGGCAGCUCCCAUCCUCUGCAUGUUCUGGCUGCUCUUCUUCUCCAUUCUUCGUCUAGGUUCCAUCCAUCCCAUCACCAUCUUCACCGGCGUAGUCCUUCUCUGCUGCAUCCUUUCUUCCUUCUUUGGCCUGUGUCUUAAGAAGCUUCAUCCCAGGCAGCCCUCCAGUUAUCAGCAGAUGUCUGAGCAAUCAGAAGGAGCUUUUAAUGAUACAGAAAGGAGCAGCAUCUCUUCAACCCCCAAUUCAAAUCUGUUUGUGGCCACGGUGCUUCAAGAGCCAGAACUAAGCUUGACGCCAGCAGCAUCUCCGGCUCAUCAGUCCUAUGGCACUAUGGGCAGCCAUCUGGAGCAAGUGGAGAAUAUGGAGGAGGGGGCGCUUCAGAGCUUUGAAACGGAGCUGGAAAGCACAGAGGGCGAAUUCAGAACCGGGCCUGUGCUGGACAACCAAACCCGCUAUCAUUGACCACCUCCUGUCGGAGCGGUGACGGACAAGACAGGGGCGUUUAGAGCAUUCAGCGUGCCAGAGGGGAAGCAUCACGCCCCGAGGCCUCGAUUGUUCUGAGCUGCCAGAUCCGUCCUGCUGCAAGCCAAAGUUCCAGUCUUGCUUCACUAGGCCGGAACCGGUCAGGUGGCUGCACAAUGGGCCCUUCGAAGCUGCACUUCUCUUAGGCCUGAGGCUGGGGGGGCAGCUGCAUUCGAGGGCAGAGACGAAACUAACGGGGACGUCCCGAGGAGGCAGUGUGACUUCCAUACUAUGCUCCAGCUCUUUAGAGGCAUCUCCCACGUGUUGCCUCUCAUCCUUCUGCUUCAGGGUAACAGACUGCCGUGGCCUGGCUCUUCCUAUGUCUCCUGGCAAAUCCUCUCAGACCUUACUUGCCCCAAUUUCCUUCCAUCUCUCUCUCUCUCUGUCUCUGUCUGUCUCUCUCUCUCUCUCUCUCUGUAUGCCUACUAUUUUUGCUUUUUGUUUAUGUUCUUUGGGGUAACAGGGAAGCAUUCCUCUAGCAUGUUCAGCCUUCUGCUCAUGACGGUAAGAGGAAAUGGCUGGCUGGAUUUGACAAACUUUUCUAUAAACCUUUUGGGAGUGGCGGGGGAGCACGAAUGCUGAAUGUCUCCGAAGACGCAUCCAGGAUGUGCGUGCAGUUCAGUGCACUGUGUCUGUUGCAGAAGCACCGGCUUGUGCAUUUCCUGAAUGGCACAAGGGCCCACGAGGAUUCAGUGUGAUGGUGACAGGUCCGUAGCUCCCCCACCGCCUGCAUUAGCUACCGCUGCAGUUGUUGCUUUUGCCUGCCUCCGCUGCCUCCGAGAAAAGACUUGCCUUGCCAGUUUGGCCCGAGUGACAAGCCCGACUUGGCUCUGUUUUUUCUAGGCCUGGACUUGGCUGAUUGUGUGCUUGACAACCCAAAGAAUUGCCAUGUUCAGAUUUUGGAUCGUCUUGGUCUAAAUGGGGGAGAGAGGCUGCCCGAUUCCUUGUUUUUAAUAGAGGCAUCAAAAUGGAGACAAGUAUUGUGGGUGGAGAGGUAGAAGCUGAAACCCAAACUAGGCAUGACAGUGGUUGAGCUGUCUGUGUCAAUCCAGAUCUGUAGAAACCAGGAAUGGGGGCCGACUUAUGGAAUAAAAGCGGCAGAGGCGUGAGGGGAGCUAAAUCCUCACUCCAAGUCAUGAAGUGCAGAAUCUGCAGACUGUAGAAAGUUGAGGUGGGGGAAAGUUUCCAUUCACUUCCCUCACGUGCCCUUUUUGUUUCUGUAAAUUGGGCCUCUUUCUCCAUGAUUGUGGCAGAUCCAGGUUUAACCGCAUGGCUGUGCCACAACCACUUCUACUUUGGUGCUGGGUUGGCAGCUGAGGCUGGGAUGGAAUGGCGGGCAGAGGUAAGGCCUCUGCCCUGAAGUGACAGUAAUCCUUUGCACACCGGCAUGCUUGAGGUUGCCAGCUCUCAGGCUGCCUGAUGGUCAUAUGCCCAAACUUGGCCUGACCCGUCAUCUCCAAGAGAAUCAUUAAAAAGAUAGGUGUGGCUAUCAGAAUUACUUUGUUAGACUUAUGCAUGGGAUUGACUCCAUUUUGCUUUGAAACCCUCACUGGCCUUUUGCUAGCUAAACUACAUAAUAAACUAAUCUGUUACUUCAUGGGUAGGCAACCUGCUAUCCUCCAGAUAUUUUGAACUACAUCUCUCAUAAUCCCUCUGGGAAUUGACCAUGCUGGCUGGGGCUUCUGGGAAUUGUAGUCCCAAACAUCUGGAGGGACCUAGGCUGCCCACCCCUGCAUUAGAUUAUCAUGUCUCUCGUCCACCAUGUUGUUGGGGCUGCUGGCAUGGGAGUUUCUCUCUUAUGCUGGUAUUCUAGAUGCUGUAAUGGGGUGGUCCGGAAAGUCUUGGAGAUGGCCAGUGCCACAAGGCAGUAAGCCAGAGGGAAGGAUAAUCUGCACACCAGUGGAAGAUUGCCACCUUCUCUUUCUGGCAGUGUUCCUUUACCUUGAUUUACUGCCUGAUGUGUAGGUAUUAAACAGGUGAAACUCUCCUAGCAUGCAGGUACUGCAAUUGGGAAAGCUCUCUCUAAGCUACAGUGUUCGUCUGCUUGAAAAGGGCUGACUUGUAUUCCUGCCUGUCAUGAAACUGUCAAAGGCACAGGAGGAGACCUGCCCAGGGGGUGUUGGGGUGUAAAGAGUGGAAGCCCUAUUCACGUCUUCGAAGCCUGUUUUGCACAAGACACAUCUGAAAGGCUCUCCAUGGCUGCUCGCUUGACAGGAAAGAAAACACCCGGGGGAAAGGUGGGGGAAGAUGUGGCCCUCCAGAUGUUCUUGGACUGCAGCUUCCAUCAUCCCUCGCCCUUGGCCAUGCUGGCUAAGGAUGAUGUGAGUUGCAGUCCAAAAUCUGGAGGGGGCAUGCGUUCUCCACCCUGGACUAGAAAUUAGAGGGAAAGGCAACGAAAAACACUCUCUUGAAUUAGAAUUUCACCAGAUUGCAAUCCACAAAGGAGGUGCCAUUGAAAGCAGCAGGAGUCACUCCCAAACAUUUCCAUAAAUUAGGAUGUUAGGGUGAAAUAUCAAGACAUUACUCUUUGGGAAGAACCUAACAUGCAAGACUGUGUGUAUGAAGCAUCUUCUGAGGUGCAGUGGAGCUGCUGAGUGAGCACACCCCACCUCUUCAAAUGCAAAGACCCCGGCCUUCUAUUUAGAGAGAGGUUUUCCCUUUGCUUCCUGGGUACUUUUUUGUAGCUAAGGCUAAUUCAGACGCCUUGCCUCAAACAGGAAUUUGUAACACAAUGCUGUAACCGAUAUGUUCUCAUGUACAGGCUGCUUAUGGACCACUUAGUGCAGGGGUGUUGAACCUGCGGCCCUGGGGGCCAAACCUGGCCCUCCAGGAUCACCCAGAGGACCAUGGCCUCAGCCCUGUCCCCACCUCCUUUCCCCUGGCCAGCAGUUGUUUGCUGGAUUCCCAACUAAAUCUGGAUCCAACCCUGUGUAAGUAAAUGAGGUGCACCAGAUGUUUUCCAGUGAGCUGUUCUGUUUUGGCUCUGUUCAGAAUGGUCAGGAAGAGCUAUUUGUUAGAUUUUCAUUUAUAGCCUGCCCUUUUUGCCAUCUGCGUCCCUUUUUCCAUGCCCUUCACAGCAUGGGGAAAGGCAAAAUGAGGUUGUGGUGUUAAUGUUGGUGGGAGUGGCCCAGCAGGGUGCAGUCGGUGGGCGUGGUCCUUCCCCUCAUCUGAGGGCAUGGAAAAGGCUGCAGCGUUGUGCUUCACCUUUCAUCAUGGAACUAGAAGGUACCAAUGAAACACGUUGCUUCGCUUAAUAAGAAAAGCAAAGGGGGUAAGAAAAAGGGGGUGUUUUAUUCCAUGGAAAUAAACAGUUCCAGUGAGCUUCGAACUGCAUAAAGGCCCCUCCUUCAUGGAAAUCUAUAGAACAAUGUACAAAAGUUACCUUAUCGAUUCUAAAUAUGUCCCUAUUUUUUAAAGAUAUGCAUAUACAACAUAAUUUGCAAUAAUAGUACAAUUGUUUGUCAGAACUAAAAAAAAAAAAAAAAUCUGAUGAAUGUGAGGCUCAAAGUCCCAAAUUGCAUAACCAUAACAGAUAUUCAGUUUGAACCUCUCGUCAGAUUUUUUUAAAAAAUUGAUAAACAAUUAUAUUGUUAUUAGCAUUACUAUGUUAUAUUUAUAUAUUUUUCACAUCUAGGGACAUGUUUAAAGUCUAUAAUAUAAAUUUUCUACAUUGUUCCAUAGAUUUCCCUAAAGAGAGGGCUGACAAGUGGUCCAAAAUGCGCUGGAACAAUUUAUGUUGGUGGAAUGAAACACCCCUUUUGCUCACCCCAUUGGUUUUCGCCAUCCUUUGAGGGGUUCCCCACGUUGUUGGCCUCAGUUAAUAGCUUCAACGUUGCAGCAGGUGCACCUGCCCGCUUUACGUAGAUAGUCUGCUGUUCUUAUCAUGCACCAUCACCUUCUGAAAGCUUGCAGUGAACAGCAGAUAACCGCCGGUCUUGCAACAUCCAGUACUAGCUGUGUCAGGGAAAGGGCUCUCUUAGCCAGGUUGCUCUUGCAUACAAAAAAUCAAUACAUCCUCUAAUUCAGCAAUCCCUUCUGGGCUGAAUGAACUGCUAGGACUGCAAAACGGAUGCACACUUACCUGGAGAGUAAGCCUUAUUGAAUGCAGUGGAAUUUACAACUGAGUAAAUGUGCAUAGGGUAGGGCUGCAUGCAUAUGAUAGAAAAAGGUCUCCUGUCCAAACUGGAGCCCUUCUUGCGUAGUAUCAUUAACCAGGCAUGCCCACGCUACUCUGAGCUGGCCACCUUCAAACUUUCCCACAGUAGCCUUUUCUCUCUCACCUUCACAGAGGGGAGCAGCAGUGAGCUUUCCAGGUGGAUUCCUGCACUGAGCAGGGAGUUGGACUCGAUGGCCUUAUAGGCCCCUUCCAACUCAACUAUGAUGCUAUGAUCUCCCAGAAGGAGAGGAAAAAUAGGGUAUUUCCCAUAGCACAGCUACUUUCAGAAACAGGGUGGUGCACAUAGCUCUGUUCACCAUGAGAGCAGGCAGGAAAGGGCAUCUAGAGCCAUGAGCCACCUCCUUAAGCCGGCACUUACACCAUUAGACACACACCCUGGCUUCAUCCACCCUGUUAUUUAGCACUUUGGAAGGGUGGCCAAGUCAGGUGAGACAACUGUUCCUUCUGCUCCUGGAGCGUGUGACAUGAUCUUCGCCUCUUCACAUCUGCUAAUGUAGCAAACCUUCAGGCCUCCUUCCUUGGCUGCUUCUCUUUCAUGGAGGCAAAGUGCCUGUGCGUGGGUAUGGUGUCUUUGGGAUGCUCUGGUCUCUUGUCUUUCCCUCGGCUGUUGCCCUAUAGGAAUGUGCCAGAGUUCUGUAUCUUGUUCUAUUUAUUGCUAUGACCGUGCCUUGAAUAAAGUUACUUCACCCAGCUGGCACCUGGGGUUGAGCUGCACAUGAUGUUUACACGGAGUGAUGCUAACUCGAGCAGGGAAAAGCGGCCCUUGGAGAGGU